UUAUUCGGAUUUUGAAGAGCAAUGAUGUCUGCCUGAAACCAAGCCCUGGGUACUGGAUAUGCCUAAACAUAAUAGUGAUUCAGAAACAACAGCUCAUGAUACUCAGCAGCAGAAAAGCGCUCAAUUACUGACACGAGGAACGAAUUCCUCUACAACAACUUCCCCUUCUUCUUUUUCUUCUCCUCCUCCUCCUUCGUCUUCUUCUUCUUGUCAACCACUUGCUCCCGUUUCCAAGUCAACUGCUCAUUGCGACCAGUCAACAAAAGAAAAUGUAAAUGGACCUGUUACUAGUUUGAGAAAACCAAUCUCACCACCCCUCAAAGCUUCUUCUCCUGGUCACUUCAAAAGGGCGUCAUCCGACCUCAAGUCUCCGAGACCUUCAGAGGAAGAAUUGAAACUCUUCUCCCAACCUUUACCUUCUCUGCGGGACGUUUCAAACCCUAACGAACUAAAAGCUUUGUUUUUGAAAAAGCUUGAACUUUGUAGUGUUCAAUUUGACUUUACAGGACCUUAUGCAAACGUUUUUGAAAAGGAAAAGGAGAUUAAGAGGAAAACCUUGUUGGAACUGGUGGAAUUGGCUGAAACAAAGUCGGGAAUAUUCUCCCCUGAAACUUAUGGACCAGUAAUAUAUAUGAUAAGUGCCAAUAUUUUUCGAUCCUUGCCUCCAAAAGCACAACCUGCUUGUCAAGCAGAAGCACCUGUGGAAGAACUGGAAGAAGAACCUCGUCCAGAUCCUGCUUGGCCUCAUUUACUACCCGUUUAUACGUUGUUUCUAGAGUUUGUGGUUUCCAGAGAUACCGACCCCAAAAUCGCUUUGGAAUACAUAGAUAAAAGUCUGAUUAUAAGACUACUUCAGUUAUUUGACUCCGAUGAUCCAAGAGAAAGAGAGUAUCUGAGAACUAUUUUGCAUCGCAUAUAUGCAAAAUUUAUGCCAUUGCGACAGUUCAUUCGAAUGGCCAUCGCCAAUGUUGUAUUUCAUCCUUUUGUGUUUGAGACUGAAAGGCAAAACGGAAUCGCGGAACUAUUAGAAAUCUUGGGAUCCAUCAUCAAUGGAUUUUCCUUACCACUCAAACUGGAGCACAAAGAAUUUUUUCACAGGGCAAUAUUACCUCUUCAUAAGCCACGAACGUUGGUAACUUAUCACAAGCAACUCUUGUAUUGUAUGGUGCAGUUCAUUCAAAAGGAUACAAGUUUGGCUGUACCCGCUAUUACCACGUUAUUAAAAUAUUGGCCAGUAACUUCUGCAAAGAAGGAAACCUUGUUCCUACAUGAGUUGGAAGAAAUCCUCGAAAGGGUAAAGUCGGAAGUUAUCGAGCCGAUAUUGAAGCCAGUAUUUCAUCGAUUGGCAAAAUGUAUGUCCUCCAAACAUUGCGAUGUGGCAGAACUGGCGCUAGUUAUUUUAGGAAACAACGAUACUAUUUUGGAUGCGCUGGAAAGGCAUCGUGAGGAAUUGAUGCCCAUUAUUAUGGGUCCUUUGAUAGAAAAUUCUUUUCAUUGGAGUACCAAUGUCCAUGAGCUAACUCAGUCGUUGCAGAAAUUGUUAUUAGAUAUGGAUCCAGUUCUCUACGAAGAAAGAAUGAGACGUCAUUGUGUGGAAAGUGACUCGGAAAAAAUUUCCAGGCAAGUGAUGAAUCGCCGUUGGAGUGUACUUGAGGAUAGAGCAAGUGAUAAUAACGACGAGAGACCUUUUUCUUCUUCGAAAGAUACCAAAGGAGUCUGAAUCAUAGCAGAUUUGCCCUACAUGAGCUUAUCGUUUUACAAAAACUGUUGCUUAUGUACCAUGAGAAAGACGAUAGCACAUCCAUUGUAAUCCCUUUUUUUUUAUGUCGAAACUCGCUCCUUGAGAAAUCCCUUUAUUAUGUACAGGAACAAUACAUAUGCAUAUAGAUGUAUUUAUAUGUAUGUGUGUGGAA